CAACUAUUUUCAAGGCACUUCAAUUAUUUCGUAGCCGUUUAAUACCUACCUAUUUGGUUUUUUAUUCGGAUAGAAGAAGCGAAACAAUGUUGUGCGAUGCGUAACUCAAGGUGCUCAGAUAAAUAAGCUAUUUAAUAAAAGAGUUGUGGUGUACGUACAACACGUCUGUUAUCGUAACGGACGAGAUGCGAGUCGCUCGCUCGCGCCCGCCUCGGAACACUCUCAUAUCGCGCUCGAUUUUACAACCUGACAUUAACGACUCUGGUUUUUGGAAACGACAGUCGGAAAGCCUCGGAUUAAGCAGUCUCUAUCGGUCGCAGGCGCCGUGUACAAAUGCUUGUUACUGUCAGUGCAGUGCGCGAUUCAAAUUACGAACAGUGCUACCACUUUUACUAACUCUCACUUUUAGUGACGGUUAACAUGACUGCCAGUAACAGCUGCAGCUCCGUCGAUCUCACCAAAUCGAGUUUGCGUCUCACCGGCAACAAAGAAGAGGAGACGUGGCGGGAAAAAUCCAAAACACUGUUGAAACAGAUUAAAUACUUGUUCCGUGAGAUCACUGUUGAGCCAUGCCUGUUUGUUUACAUGCUGUGCACCGCUUUGUCGUCUUUAGCGGUGCAAAACAUGCACUUGGAAAAGUCAUGCCGCGUCAAUUGUGGGUUCAGUGAAGAUAUAUGCGAUCGUAUACGAGACAGGAACACAACUGGACUGGAAUCAGAGUUGAAUCAGGUGCAAUCGUUGGUUGCCAAGAUUAUCGCGUGGAAGUUUCCCCUUCAAACGGGAAUCCCGGCUGUGAUGGUGCUAUUUAUUGGUGCGUGGAGUGACAAGACUAAGAACAGGAAGAUAUGUAUCCUAGUUCCAUUUGUGGGGGAAAUUAUCGUCAAUUUUGGCCUUUUACUCGCAACAUACUACUUUUACGAGCUAUCGUUGGUCGCAACUGUGUUGAUAGAGGCAUUGCCGGCUGCGUUUAGUGGCAGUUACAUCGUUAUAUUCAUGGGGAUGUACAGCUUUAUGGCUGACAGGACUACUGUGGAGAGCAGGACGUUUCGCUUGGGACUAGUCACCAUAUGUGUCACUUUAGGCACUCCCACGGGAACAGUGUUAAGUGGUAUACUAUUGCAGUCAUUAGGAUAUUACGGUGUGUUUUCAACCUUGAUAUGUUUACAUACUUGUGCGUUUUUCUAUGGUGUUUUUAGACUCGAAGACGUGUUACCUUCCAAGGAAGAUAGGCCCGUGCGCGAAGAUGGGCAGAGUAACUUGAAGCAGUUGUGGAACGAUGUAUUUGGACUUGUCGCUAAUACCGUGUUGGUGGCAAUUAGACCUCGUGCGUUUGGCAUGAGAAAACAGAUACUGUCAGUUAUCAUCCUUUAUGUUAUCAUGGUUGGACCGUUAUAUGGUGAUUCGCAAGUAAGCUAUUUGUACGCGAUAAGAAAAUUUAACUUCAACAGUGUGGAAUUCAGCGUGUAUGGAACAAUUAAUAUAGUUCUUGGAUUAUUUGGAACAUUCUUCUGCAUAACAAUCCUGAGCAGAACGUUCAACGUGCAAGACAGCGUCAUUGGCUGCCUGGCUGGUGUCAGUAGGAUAGCAGGAUGCUUAGUCUUCGCCCUCUCCCCGAACAGGACUUGGUUCUACACAGCACCGCUGUUCAAUAUAUUCAGCCAUACUGGACUCACUGCUGUGAGAUCUAUCGCCACUAAGAGCGUGCCAGUCGAAGAAGUUGCUAAGCUGAGCUCUGUGAUCGGCGUGAUGGAAGCUCUGGCUCCUUCGAUAUACAUGCCGACCUCCAGCGUCAUAUACGUACAAACAAUAGACACUUUUCCUGGGGCAUUCUAUUUGUUCGACGCUGCCCUUACAGUGGUAGCCUUGGCACUAUUUGCAUACAUCUACGCGCUAGUGAAACGAAGAGAUGUAGUCACGGACCCAGACAGUAAAGAAGAAUACGCUAGGACAAACGAAGUAUCUAGAUUUUAAAGCAAUAUUAUUACAGCAAUAUAGCCCAGUCAAUGAUGUUACUAAAGUAGGGGACAACUGGCACACUUACAGGGUAGUUUAGUAACAUAAUAAAAAAAAAUAGCCUUUUUCUGUGACUUUAUCAAAAAAAGACAGAUUGACUGGACACCAGGGGUGUUACCAAUUGAAUCGUCGGGUCAUCAAUAAUUUCCCUAUAUGUGCCUAUUGCUAUGUAUGUCAUUACGGCUCAGUUGGUAACGCGCUGACUAGUCACUAGUCAGCCUAAUUAUGCUGACUAGUACGCUAUAAUGUCAAUAUCGAUAAAAAGGUACAUGAAAAUGACAAUGAUGGAUCAACGACUCAGAUGAUAAUGUCAUAAUUACGAACUAAGUAACGCCAAUAAUUUCAAACCACGUAAUAAAAAUAAUUUUGUCAUACGAAAUUAUGAAUUUGGAUUUUAUAGACGUUCAAGAUUUUAUUAAAUAGAUUUUUUACUAAUGUACAUUGUAUCUAAAGGCUGAAACGGGCUAAUAUUGUUUAAUUAUUAAUCCCACUCCUGAGCUUGUAACUACGAGCAUGUGGCACAUCGAUUCUCUUUCUACGAACGCUAACGUUUCAAAAUGACAGAUCCGAUCACGUGACCUGUCCAUAACAAAUUUCAUUCCAAAAUAUUUUUUAAUUUUCGAAGUGAUUUCGCAUGUAGAAAUAGAAUCGAUUUGCAAGAAUGUUACAUACCCUGUAUAAGUCUACAUAAAAAUAUUUGGUUUAGUUGAAUUAGCGAGAUAACGAACUAUUACAAUUAAUGUUAUUAAAUUUCUUAUAAAUACAAAAUAAUUAACGUAAAGUCAGUAUAAUUUCCUUCUAUUAAAAAAAGGUUAAAAUAAGACAGGUUUUAAAUUUGGUGCUAUUUAUAAAUUUAGUAAUUAAUUGUUAUUUACCAUCUGUUAUAAUAGAAGAUGCUUAUUAGAAACGACCUUCACCCAUCUGUUUAUGGAUGAAAAGUGUAAAAAAAAUUAGUACGUUAAAAAAUAGAUUACGAGUAGGUUGGCUAAAAAUUUCCUGGCAAAACUAUUAUUUACCAUUGUUAUUAACUAUCAUUAUUAAGUCUUUGGCCAAGAGUUUUUGAGGCAAACUACUCGCAGCAUAUUUUUUAACGUACUAAAAGAGAUGUCCGAAAUUGAGCCUACUUUUCAGAACGAUACAGAAAUAAAAAAUGUACUAAAAUCUUGUAUAUUCUACUACAUUACUCCAGAAUCUUAGUCAAAAUAAUAUUUGCUAACAGUAAAUGUCAAAGUCAAUCAAUGAAUGAUAUGUCAUUGUUAAAAAUAUUAUGUCAAAUGUUCUAUUUAACAAAGUGACAGUUUCCUAAAGAUUUGACGUUUAGAAUUGUCGUACUUUGACUAAAUGUGUCAAGUUAUUAUCAAAUCCUUAUUAAAACUGUCGGUCUGUCAGUUUGACACUGAUAAUGCAAUGAAUUUUAUGUCAAAGGGAUACGAAUUGCCCAACAAGUAAUUUGUCUAAUUACGCAAAUAUAGAUUUCUUAUAAGCCCCACGUUCUCUAUAUAAUUGUCCUAAUUUAUGGCCAAUAAUUUUCAAUUCAUACAAUUUGGGCCCGAGUUUGUAUUGAGACUAUAUUUCUCCUUUGAUAUAAAACACUUUCCAUCCAAUAAACAGAUGGGUGAAGGUCGUUUCUAAUACGUUUGUUUAAUGACAUUCAAACUACCUUUGAUAACACGAAAAUACUUAAGCUAAACACUUUAUAAUGUUCUUGAUAUGAUAUUCUUAACUUUAUCUUUAAGUGUUUGGAUUAUAAAAAUUAUCAAGUCAUUGAGGUCGGUCACAUUGAACUUGCAAACGUCCAUUGUUGAGAAUUACAUGAAAAAAUUGUUCAUUGAUGGACGAUUCUAUUACAACUAUGACAAUUUAUUUUUGAAACAAAACAAAAUGCCUUUAAAACCCUUUAUUUUUUAAACUGUUUGGAGUCUUGAGGUUCAAGCUAUUUUAAUCAAAAACCAUGCACAGGCAUGUAACAAACACAUAUAGUCAACUGUCACUGUAAAGUCAUUCUAUCUUUUUACUCUGAGCGUCUUUGCAUUCAAUUAAUUACAUAUUAAACUUACACCACAGAUAAAUAACUUAUUAACUUAAUAUCGGUUGUUACUAUUUGUUUGUGUAAUUUAUUAUUAAAAAAUAAUAUGAAUGAUAAACGGAGCUAAUUUGUAUAAAAUAAUGUCAAGAGAAGUCAGUCUCUCUUUAAAUAAUAAGUGUCAAUUUUAAAUUCACUUCUAACCUUAACAAAAGACGAAUAACAUAUAUAUUCUCCAGCUUUAUAAAAGUAAAGAGUUCAAUUUCAUAGGAUUUGAAGAAUUACAAGCUAUUGAUAAAACAUUAGGUUAUUUGUGGCCAUGGCAAUUUAUGGUGCGGCCACGGCUUGUAUUAAUGUGGCUGACCUCCUCCCGUAUGAGGCACAAAUACCUGCCUAGUAAAGACAUAUCUCGAGACAAUAAAAAGGCUAUAUUGUCAACUCAUAUCGGCAGAGUUGACAUCUCUCUUUCAUCUCAACGCAAGAAAGAGAGAGCAAUAUUUCGAUUUUGUGGUUAUUGGUCGACACUAUAGCCUUUUAAUCGUCUCGAGAUAUUAUAUCGUGGUGCACAAUAAUUAAUAUGGUAAUUAUUUUGGGGACAUUGGGAAAAACAUAUAAAUAAUAAUUGAAAUUGAAUUAUUCAAAUAAGUAUUUUCAUUAUACUUACACUAGGUGGAGGUUGAUUUUUCUUGUAUGUUUAGUUAUUGUAGUUAACUUAAAAUUAACAUUUUCAGGCGUAGUUUAAGGUGAAUUUUACAAUUUCAUCACGAAAAGUUAUUCGAAUUUAUCGAGUGUAAUAAAAAUAUAGUGUAAAUAUGUAUUAUAAUUAUGUAUUUUAAAAAAAAACAUUUUUUCAUGACACAGAAUCCUCUUAUAAUAAAAGGACGCACAAUCAUGUAGAAAAUAUCACUUAAAAACUGGCCAAUUUUGCUUUGACAGUUUUAGAAUUUUUGGAUAAAAAUAAUUAUACCUGGAGGCCUUUUAAUAAAGUCUAAUAUUCAAUAGAAUCCCAAAUUCAGAGUAAAUUCAACCUUAAGGAUCUAGUUUAAGGUUGAAUUUGAAAUGCGACUACUUGAAUUGAGUGCUAAGAAGUUGUGUUUGGCACUCAUUGAGUAGGGACGUUUUUUGGUCGCUGAUUGGGCAUCCACUUUUUAAUAGGAGAUCGAUGCACAGAAUAUCAAAUGUAUAAAUAAAUGAUUUUCAAUGUUGAUGUACUUGUAAAAUUAUAACUUUACCAUAACUUAUAUGCCAUAUUAUAUGUAAAUAACAUAUUUAUGUAAUAUUAUAAUAAAAUGGGAGACUUGCCUAGGAUUUGCCAGUUGGUUACGCAAUAUAAGUGAAGACUGUUAAUAUUUUAUAGAUUUAAAAAAUAUAGAUAUUUUAUUUUUUAUUUUAAUAGUUUAAAAUUUAAAAUAUAUUGUUACAAAAUGUUG